UCCUCCUAGCGGAAGGUCACCUCCUUUCCAGAAGUGAAGAUGGCUGCGUUCAGGAUUGCACGGUGUGUCAUUAAGAGUUCGCGUCUUGUAGCAAAUGCUGAGCUCUCCCGUGUGGGUACAGGUGGGCAGGGUCGGCGCGCCCUCAGCACCCAGAGCCCCGGAGAUCCAGACACAAAAGCAGCCGGUAUCAGAAAACCCCAGUUUAUGGAUGAAGAUGUCCAGAGUAUCCUUACCAGUGUCACAGGCCUUGAUCUUCAGAAGGUCUUCAAACCUGUUAAACAGCAACUAAAACCACCUACAUACAAACUCAUGACAAACGAGCAGCUUGAGGAGGCUCAACGUAAAGCAGUGGAAGCAGCUAAAGCUAAUCUCCGAAUGCCACCAGUACUAAAUGAAAGGGAACCAAUUAAUGAUAUACUAGCAGAAGAUAAGGUUCUUGAAGGUUUGGAAACGGCUAAAUAUGUAUUCACAGAUAUAACAUAUGACAUUCCACACAGAGAACGAUUUAUUGUAGUACGAGAACCUAACGGGGUGUUGCGAAAAGCAACCUGGGACGAACGGGAUAGGAUGAUCCAGGUCUAUUUCCCACGCGAUGGUCGAAGGAUCACUCCACCGCCAAUUUUUAAGAACGAAAAUCUUUCGGUUGUUUUUGCUCAGGAUCGUUACGAAGAUAUUCUUGAUCUCUGUCUUAUCCAAUUUGAGCCAAAUUCUGCUGAUUAUAUCAGGGUCCACCACCAAACAUACGAAGAUAUUGAUAAACAUGGCAAGUACGAUCUUUUGCGUUCAACAAGACAUUUUGGUGGGUUAGUGUGGUACCUGGUCAACAGGAGGAAAAUUGACGGUUUACUAAUAAACAUGAUUCAAAGAGACCUAAUGGAUAAUGCCAUCAGUGUGCUUCAGCUUUAUCACAUGCUACACCCAGAGUGUCAGUCGUCAAAGGAGGCAAGCCAACAGCAAGCCCAGGGUAUUGACCUGAUUAAGAUAUUUUCUCAUACCGAUUCCAAGAAGGGAAGCUAUAUUGAAUUAGCCUUGCAAGUUUAUCAGGAAGCACUCAACAGCUCUGCUAAUCAAGACCUGCGUAGGAAUGAAGAACAAAUUUAAUCAGUCAUUCCAACUGAACAGUUCUGAUUUUGGCUUGUUAAGGACUUGAUGGUAGAAUCAAAACUUUAUUAUAAUUUCCAUUCCAUUUGUUUGUCUGGGGGAAAAUAAAUACUGGAAUAUCACAUCAUUGUGACCAAACAUUUUCUCCAUGGAAUAUUAAAAUAAAAUUCCAGAUAUUCUAUUGUUAUUCAUAAGAACAAAAAAUUAAUCUGGAAUGUGAGAGUAGGGCUGGACAACAUCACACCAACUUUGGACUUCUACUACAGUGUUGGUGCUGGAGAAUGGCUCCAUGGAUGAUUGCCUGAUUAAUUUUUACUGAUUAAGCCUCAACACUGAGUUGUCAGAGGGCUGUUUGACUGUGGGCUACAUCAUAGGUGAGCCCAAUCUUGUCAUGCUCUCCACAAAUAUAUAAUAUUUUUUAAACCCAAUGGUAUAGUCAACCUUCUAGCCAAAUAGAUUUUGCUAAGAGUUGGCGAUAGAACAAUCUACUCCCAUAUUGUGAUUUGACAUUCAAAUCAAUUAUCUUGUAAUUUAAUGGCAUAGGUAAAUCAUACAUUAUAAUACCCUAAGGAAUGGAGACUGGCUAUUUCCCAUUUUUAAUUCUGUCAAGUUGAAGAUUGAAACUGUUCAGUAGUUCAUUCUAUUUAUUCUUCGGAUUGUUUCCAUCUGGAAACAAAUACUGGCCAUUGAAAAAUGAGUUCAAAAUGUUUACUUUGGUGCUUAAUUUUAAUAUCUCCAUGUGUAUAUAGACAUUGUGGGGAGAAAUUGUUGACAUUGAGGUCGCUUAAGAAAACUUAGGCUUCAUAUUAACUGUUUCAGUGCUUUGGAUCAAUAGUAGUCUUACUGUUCAGAUUGCAAUCAUAUCCCUUCAGGAGCAAACAAUUGUCCUCAAAAUCAUGACAGUGGUUGUCAAAUUUGUUAGAGGAACUACAUAGAGCAAUAAUUUAACAAAAAAUAAGUUUGAACGAGUUUAAUUAAAUUUGCAAUUAAACAUGUGGUUUCCAA